AUGGCUCCAGGAGGAACAGCAGAGUUCAAGAGGGAGUCGGGUGUGGCUCGACUUCUGGGCUCAGGCUCCGCCGGCAUUGCAGAACUGGCUGUCUUCCAUCCUGUGGACACGAUAGCAAAGCGAUUGAUGUCGAAUUCAACGAAAAUUACAUCCGUUCCAGCGUUCAACGCAGUCAUCUUCAGACAAUACGCCGAUGCGCCUCUCGGCACGAAAUUCACCUCACUCUUUCCAGGACUGGGCUAUGCAGCUGGUUACAAAGUCCUUCAGAGGAUAUACAAGUAUGGUGGUCAGCCUUUCGUUCGAGACUACCUCACUCAACACCAUCAACAAACCUUCGAUAGCACUUUUGGAAAAGGCACUGGAAAAGCUAUGCUUAACGCUACUGCAGGCUCGCUCAUCGGUAUCGGCGAAAUUGUACUUCUUCCUCUCGAUGUCCUUAAAAUAAAACGUCAGACCAACCCAGAGGCCUUUCGAAAUCGUGGCUUUUUCAAAAUCAUAUCUGAUGAAGGUAUGGGAUUAUAUCGUGGUGCAGGAUGGACAGCAGCACGAAAUGCGCCUGGUUCAUUUGCGCUGUUCGGUGGUUCAGCCUGGGCGAAAGAGAGCAUCUUCAAACUGGAGGACUACAACAAGGCAUCCUGGUCACAAAAUUUCGUUGCAUCGGUGGUUGGUGCAUCCGCGUCGUUGAUCGUCUCGGCACCACUGGACGUGAUCAAGACGAGAAUUCAAAACAGGAACUUCGAGGAUCCCAGGUCUGGGUUCAAGAUCGUCGGGGAUAUGAUGAGACAAGAAGGCAUAACCAGUUUCUUCAAGGGUUUGACGCCGAAGAUGUUGAUGACAGGGCCCAAGCUGGUAUUCAGUUUCUGGUUAGCACAGACAUUGAUUCCAGCAUUUGGCAAGAUUGUCUAG